GAUGAGUUGUGUGUUGAAUGUUAGUAUUAUAAAAUCCGACCGAAACAACAACAAAGGCGAACGUUCGGUGUCGACAAUGUGGAUUGGGCGAUGAAAAUGAAAACAUUUCGUGUCCGAUGCUUGUUGUGAUCGUACGCGUCCCGUAUCGCUCUCAUCCCUCAAAUAUAUUUACAUUAUAACUGUUCCGAUUUGAAAUAUUUCAAAACAUACGGUGCACCUCUAUAAUCUCUCAACGGAAAUAGAAAACAAAGUUUUGGAAUUUUUCAAAUAAUAAAUAUUUUUGUAUACAAAAACGACAACGAUUAAAAAAGUGAUAAAAAUUUAAAUCUGAAAAAAAGUAAGUGUUAUCAACAGGCCUUAGAAGUAUUUUUGUGCCGAUUUCUUGUGAUCUUUGAAAGUGAAUUUGAUAAAGAAAUAAAUUGUGAUAGCGAAAAGUGCACAAACAAAUAAAGAAGAUACAAAUAAACAUAAAAUUAUUUUUGAAAAAAAAUGGGUCGACAAUUUGAAUAUAACCGUUUUGACAACGAUUCCGAGGAUAACAAACAGGAAGUUGGUGGUACUAUCAGUGAAUGCAAACAAAAAGAGUUCUUGCAUCAGAAGAAUCUUAGCCCUCAGACAAACAAGAAGUCAAAAUCGGUGAAAAAAUACGACACACGUAUAUUACCGCCUUACUCUGAGUUGUAUCCAGAACACGAUUUACCGCCAUUACAGGACGAAACAACUACGAAAAGGACUAAAUCAACUCUAAAAAGCGUUGAAAUUGCUAUCAAAAAAUACCAUCAAUUGUCUAAAUUUUUAAUACAAAGUCAUCAAAACAACAACAACGACAACGUCACCACUGACACUAAUACCAACAAUAUCAUUGUUACUGCUACUCCUGGAUCUCUGGAAAAGGACGAUUGUGAGAUGAUUGGUAUGGCAACAGCCUCGGUUCCAAAAAAACCUAAAGUCUACGAUUGCAUGAGAGAUUUUCUAAGGAAAAAAUUCUUCCAUCCUGCUUCCAUCUCCGAGGAAGAAUCCGAAGAAGCUGUUGAGUUUGAUGAUGAGGUGGAUUAUCUAACGAUGAUGGAGGAUUCGUAUGACAUUAAGGAUGUUGACGAUGUCGAGGAUGAUGACGAUGAUGACGAGUGUUUGCUUGUCGUGACAUCCAAUCAUCAGACGAGGUCUAAGUGCAUUCGUCUUGUGGAAAGAGGGGGAUGUUGGCCGAAAAACGAGUUCUACCUGGAGGAUGGGGACGAAGUUGACUCAGAUGUGGGGAUAAAGGAUUGUUGCCAAUUACUUAGUGGAUCGCCAAAAGCCGAAAAGAAUGGAAAAAGCCCCAAGAGAAAACCCAUCGAAAUACCUUCGGAGCUUCGUGACGCCACUUGGUUCCAACCGAAUAUCUCGGGUAAGGCUGCAGCUGAGAAAUUGAGCAAAGAGACUCCUGGAGCAUUCAUAAUUCGUCAAAGUUCCAGUGUAAAGCCUGGAAAUUAUAUACUCUCCCUUCGAAUGGAGACAAAAGUGAAGAAGUUCAUUAUCCUUGGAUCUCCAAGAUGCUACAAAAUUAAGGGAGCCAAAAAGGAAUUUUCAUCACUCAAAGCUUUAGUGACCCAUCACUCAGUUAUGGCUGAACAAUUGCCAGUAACUUUGUCACUCCCGAGACAAACUGCCGAUGAAAAAUUUUCACAUCGUUACUUGGAUGACUUCGAUACAUUUGAAUCUUUGCAAAUUUUGGGAAUAUUGAAAUUUUUACAAUCAAAAAACUUGGAAUUCUCUUGAGAUGCAAGCGAAAAUAAUCGACAUGAAAGUUGUCGUGGAAAGGCAGAACAAUAACCAAGUUCUAUAGGCCCAUAAUUAUCUACUUAAAAGCGCGCAAAGAGGCUGCCGACUUGUCACAAAGGGAUAUAAGUGAUAUGGUCCCGUGCACAACAUUCCAAUAAGUUUAUGAAGACAGACAAAAUAGGAAAAUUGAAAAGAAAAAAUCUCGAAUGCUUGGGGAAUAAUUAGCGUUGAGGAAUGAAAAAUAAUUAAAACAAUCAACGAUAUCAAUAAAAUGUUGUCAAGGAGAUUAUAUUGGCAUAUAUUUAGAAAAAAAAACACACACACAAAGUUAGAAGAAUGUUAUACCCCUUUAUAAAUAAUAUUAGAAAAGAAAAGAAUAAA